AUGGCAGAUAACAGCAAGAUAACCCUCGGCCGCUACAUGUGGGAGCGAAUCCACCAAAUUGGUGUCGACACAAUCUUCGGUGUACCCGGCGACUUCAACCUGCAAUUCCUGGACUCCAUCUACCUUACCCCAGGAUUGACCUUUGUCACCAACCAAAACGAACUGAACGCUGCCUACGCCGCCGAUGGAUACGCCCGCAUCAAGAACACGCCCGGAUGUCUCGUGACCACGCAUGGUGUGGGUGAACUUUCGGCUUUGAACGGCAUCGCAGGUAGCAUGAGUGAACACGUUAAAGUUGUCCAUGUUGUUGGGCAAACUACGCGGGCCAUGCAGAAGAACAACAUGAUGAUCCACCACAGUAUUGGAAACAAGCCAAAUCACCAAAUGUACAACAAGGCUAGCGAGGGGCUGAGGUUCGCGGCUGCAGAACUCUGGGAUGUUGCAGAUGCACCGAAGGAGAUUGAUAGGGUGCUACGGGAGUGCGUUAUCAAGAGUGGGCCUGUUUACAUCUUCUUGCCGCUGGAUCUGAGUGCCGAGAUGGUAGAUGCUGGGUUAUUGGAAACUCCCCUUGAUAUUGCGCCGCAUGUGGAUGAGAAGGCUCGGGAUGAAGCGGUCAAAGCUAUCGUGGCUGCAGUCGCUGAAGCUAAACAGCCAACGGUACUGGUAGACGCUCUCGUCCAUCGCUUCAACGCUGUCCAGGAAGCUGCGCAGGUAGUCCGCAAGCUAAACGUUCCUUUCUUCUCAGCAACCAUGGGCAAGGGCAUUGUCGAUGAGACAGAAGAGAACUUCGUUGGGGUAUGGAACGGCGAAGUCAGUUCUCCGGGCGUCAAAGAAGCAGCGAAACAGGCAGACUUGGUAGUGACUCUGGGGUACAUACCUGCUGACACGAACUCGGCUGGCUUCUCAAGACCGUUGGACGAGACUAACACCAUCCACAUCAACCCACACGACGUUGUUGUCAAAGGCAAAUCCUACCCCAACACACCCAUCAAAGCCCUCCUCGAAGCUCUAACCACCGCCCUACCAUCAACCCCCCAACACAAAAUCCCCAAACCACAACUCCCACCACCCCGCACACCCCUCGACGCCAAAUCAGCCCACCUAACGCAAUCCCAACUCUGGCCCGCCAUCCAAUCCUUCAUCCGCCCAGGCGACGCUCUCGUCAGCGAAACCGGAACCUCGAAUUUCGGUCUCUGUGACAUUGAUUUCCCGUCUGACAUCAGACUCGUUACGCAGAUCUACUAUGGCAGUAUCGGGUUUGCUACUGCUGCGACGCUAGGUGUGGAUAUAGCGCGGAGGGAGCUCGACAAGAAAGGAGAGGGACGGACUAUUCUCAUGACGGGAGAUGGAAGCAUGGCUUUGACGAUUCAGGAGAUUGGGACGAUGAUCAAGGCGGGGUGUAAGGCGAUUGUUUUUGUGAUUAAUAAUGAGGGGUAUACGGUUGAGAGGUUGAUUUGGGGGGCGAGGCAACCAUACAACGACAUCGUCCCGCACAACUACUCGCACCUCCUGCCACUCUACCGCCACCCAGACCCCUCAUCUUCCUUCCAUCACGCAACCACCCUAUCAGAACUCUCCGCCAUCCUAGAGAAACCGCAGCUGCAAAACCCGCAGAACGUCCAGCUUGUGGAACUCGUGCUGGAUAAGAUGGAUACGAGUUGGAAGUUGGGGACUGCGCUCGCGUGGAGGAGCGAGGAGCACAAGGAGUAUCUUACUAGAGAGGGGUUUGUGGAUACGUAUGGCGGGUGGGGGUUGGAUGGGAAGGCUGGGGGGAGUGUGAAGUGGAGUUGA